GUGAGGAAACCGCAAGCCAAAUUUUUGCUGCAAAUAAAUGCACAAUUUUACGGCCCGGAACCGGAAAAAGACUGUUUCCCUGCACGCCGGACACGGCCGGGACCGUGAGGAGUGUGAGGAGCGUGUUGUGAAACCCGUGGUCAGUGGUUAAAGUGCUCGGCAGAAAGGAUUCCUGAUUCGGUUCGCGUUCGCAUCGUUUUGUCUUUUUUCCGCAAAGAACGCGACUACGAAGAACAACAAGAAGAAACAACGCGUUCCGGGACAAAUUUUUGGGAAAAACCGAAAAAACCAUGUCAACAAAGGCCAGCGAGGAAGAAUCGUCCUCCCAUUUGGAUGAGAGCGAUAUCGUGGAUGACUUCAACGAGGAGGAUGCGGAUAAGUUGGGAUACUUCCCCGGGAAGACGGUCACGCUGCAGAUGCUGCUCGGAGCGCACGUAUUGCAGCCGGGCAAGGGCGCGAUGACGAUAGAGUACUUGGGUCAAAAGUUCAUCGGAGAUCUGCUGGCCGAUGGAAAGAUCAAAUCGCAGGAAACGGAAACCAUUUUCUGUUCCCCAAGCGCCUGGGCCAUCUACUGCAAGCGAAUCAUCAAUCCGGAUAAAAAGUCCGGCUGCGGGUGGGGCUCAGUAAAGUACAAGGGGCGCAAGCUGGACGCCUACAAGGUGGCCUACUAUCGCAAGCAGCAGAAAGAACGUGACCACAAGGAUGAACCUCUGCCCGGUGCCGAAGAUUUGGUGGAAGAGACGGAAGAAGAUAAAACGGCAAUGGAACCACCAGCGGCAAGACGCAACAUUGUCGCACACAACACGAUCAGCAAUCGGAACGUGAUGCACGAUUCCAACACACUGAUCGAAGCAGUCCCGUUCACCUCGAUUGGUAAGAUGCAACCGUUCCUGGUGACGGUGAGCACUUCGACGCUGCUCGUGAUGGAUUUUCACUGUCACCUGACCAACCACGAAGUGUGUGGUUACCUCGGUGGGACUUGGGAUAUCAAUGCGCACAAUCUCUCCAUUACGCACGCGUUCCCGUGCCGCAACACGCGCCAUGAUCGUGAUAAGGCCACACUCUGUGAGCUGCAGAUCCAGAAGCUGAUGAUCAAGAAGAACAUCAAUCUGGUCGGGUGGUACCACUCCCAUCCACGCUUUCCGGUGCAGCCGACACUGCGUGACUGUGAUGCACAGCUUGACUACCAGAUACGGAUGCGUGGUCCAACCGAAGCAUCCUACAUUCCAUGCAUUGGAUUCAUUUGCUCUCCCUAUGAUGAUCAAAAUGCUGCACUCGAGUCGAAUCUGAUGUCGUUCUGGGUAACGCCACCACCGGAGAACCGUCCGUCAGAGUACGGGCGGCCUAUGCUAAUGACCUAUACGCUCGUGCAGGACGAGACACUGUCGGAGGAUGUAAAAGAGGAGAUGAUGCUGACCGUCGAUUACUAUAAGCAGUUCAAACGUGAGCUCAUUAACUUCUCCGCCGUCUACUCGCCACACAGUGUCCCGUACAUUGAGAAGCUGCGCAAAUCGCUAACGCCACGUUUUCCACGUGAUUCCACAUCUGGUCACUUUUGGAAUUGGAUCCGCGAACUGCUUGGGCUAGAUCCGGAAGAGAUUCCGGUGCCGGUUGUUCCGGUCGCUCCCGAUCCACCACCACCGGUUAAGGGAGAAGAGACGCCGGCCAACAGCACCACCACUACCGUUGCCGCCAUGCCACCGAUUGUCAAUUUGGCGGAGGAAGGUGGCAGCGUGACGACGGAGACGAAAAAUGAUGAAGACUUCGAUGGUGCCUCGGAGAUGGGCGAUUCCGAUGUCAUCUCGCUGAAGGAUGACGACGGUAAGGGUGGUGGUACCCCCGCCGGUCCAACACUUGCCGUACCGAGCCUUCAGGCACAGUUGAAGCGUCCUUCGGGCUUAAACAUGACUCCGUCACCGCUUUCGAGCUCACUCGUUGUGCUACCGACGAAUCUCAGCCAAUCAGGCGGCCAAACGGCAACAACAACGACCACUGCAACGACAGCCACCAACCUGUCGAUAAGCGCCAGCAACUCGCUUACUGCCACCAAUCACCACCAGGCACCAGGACAAGGACAGGGGGGUGCUGUACCACUGCAGGGCCAAAACAUGAUGUCCACGAACCCGGUAACGACGUCAUCGCCACGAGACAGUCCUAUUACGAUUCCCUCUAACUCGGCUAGCCCUGCCAAGUUUGAGGUGCCCGUACGAGCCAGCCCUUCGCCAGCGAAAUCAGAUACCUCAUCCUGUCGCAGCCGGACACGCAACUCACCAGCCCCGAGUCCCGGCAAGUUGUCGAUCGGUGACAUACUCGGCGGUAACGGUGGUGUCGGUGGUAGCCGAAACAGUCCUACGCUCAGCUCACUGAUCGGUGCUGUUGGAGGUAGUGGAGCAGGAACCGGUACUGUAGUUGGCACUGCAGCUGCAGGCAGUGGUGCAACCGGUGCUUCUAAUAUUCAGGACCUCUAUGCGGCCACAUUCGCCUCGUUGGGCAAUGUGCUACCAUCGAACUUGCUCUCGCAAGACUAUGCGGCUCUGUUUGGUCAGAGUCCGGGUGCAGCGGGAGGCAAACAGCGUGGCGAUGAGUACGGUCUAUCGGCUUUGACGGCACUGGCACAAGUUGCAGCCGCAUCCGGUCUCUCCAACUCGCAGAUCAACGAAACAUUACUUCACAGCCUCAACCGUAGCAUGUCGUCGAAGGGCGGUGUCGGUACCGGACCGACGUCUUCCGCGUCAACACUCACUUCGAACACCGGGUCGACGGUCUCGAGUAAUGCCGGUGGUAGUGGAGGAAGUGGUACGGGAGCUGGUUUACCGCCGAUACCAAACAUGAAGGAAUUCAUGCAGCAGCUGGAGAAGGGCAAUCUCAGCCUACUGAUGCAAUCGCAGUACGGAAAUCCGUUGGUCGGAAUGGGCGGUGGUAUGCCCGGUGUUACCGGUGCCGGAACACCCCCACCCAACACCUCGAACGCGACAGGAGGAGGAGGAGGAGGUGGUGGUAGUACAGGAGGAAAAUCGGGCCGUUCCUCCAGCAAGGCGUCUCGCGCGAAAGCGAACCAGCAGGCUGCGGCAGCUGCAGCUGCAGCCGCAGUGGCAGCUCAGCAGCAGCUACAGCAAGCACAGCAAGCGUUGCUGCAACACCAAUCGAUGAUGGAUUAUGCCGACUUCUCGAGCAAAUUCGAUCAAAGCAAGCUGGCCGAUCUGAUGAAGUCGCCCGAGUACUCGCAGAUGCUGCUUCAGCAAGCCCAAGCCCUCGGCAGCCUUGGCAGUGAGAUUUCGAUUGUGAAAAAAUCUGGCAAGGGUAGUGGUGGUAGCGGCGGUAAUGCGAACAAUCGUGAUUCGCAAAACAAUAACAGCAGCGGAGUUGGCGCGAGCUACGGCUCGGGAAGCAACGCACACAGUGGUAUAGGUGGUGGUCACCAUCAUUCACCUUCACCGUCGCACACCGGCGGUGGCGGGAACUCAUCAUCAUCUGGCGCAUCCUCGAAGAAGGACACUCAAGCGCAAGAGUUGAUUGCGAAGCUUCGGACCGUGUUCUCCACCGAUUCCUUCUUACCACCAAUGCCGACCUCGGCCGACGUCAAUCUGCUAGUGGAGCAAUCGCAGAAGUAUCCUGUCAUCAAUCAGAUUCUCAACUCGGGCAACCUGGAAGACAUUCAGGUGCUAAUGAAAGCACAAUCGUUGUCGAACAAUUCACUCGACUUUGCUGCCUUCAUUGGCCAUUCGAGUGGCAGCUCUGGCGGUGGUACGAAUGGAAGCUCAAUCGGAGGAGUAGGCCACGGUGAGCCAUCGUCGUCGUUGUCGUCCUUGUCCGGUGGAAAGAGCGGUAAAGGGAAUAGCAACAGCAGCAGCAGUAACAAUGCGAUGAAGGAUGAUGGUGGAAUGGCGGCUGCUGCAGCCGCUGCCGCGGCCAUGAAUCCGUACUUGGGUGUUUCCAAUCUGUCCGCACUGUUCGAGCCGAUACAGCGAUCCGGUGGCAAGGGCAGUAAAGCGGACAAAGCAGCUAAGGCGGCAGCUGCUGCUGCAGCAGCAGCCGCUGCGGCCGCUGUUAGCAGCGCCUCAAUGACGAACCCAACCGAUAUGCUCAACAGUCUCUUCACGACGGCCGUUGGUGGUGGUGCUGGUGGUCCUGGGGUUGCCGAUAUGAAUGCGCUUCUGUAUAGUCAGGCGGCGGCAGCAGCAGCAGCCGCUACCGGUGGCAAAGGAGGUCCUGAUUUGAAUCUUCUCUUCGGAGCGAGUGGAACGGCCGGACUAGGAGGAUCCCUCGGUGGCAACCAAUCGGCCGCUGGUUCUCCCGGUGGUUCUGGUGGUUCCGGUGGCAGUGGUGGUAAAACAGCGGCUGCUGCAGCUGCUGCCGCAGCGGCCAGCCUGGACUAUCUGUCCAUGUUUCCCAAUUUCUCAGCUGCCGCGGCCGCUGCCAAGCUACCGGACAUGUCGGCCUUGUUCAACCAGGAGAAGUACGAAAUUCCGGAUCCAAUGGCGAAGGCAACCCUGGAAGCGAACAACAUGUAUCUGGCCCCAUCAGCCUCGCUGCUCAAGCUGCAUCAGGAAGCGUUCAACUCGAUGCUGAUGAAACCACCGAAGUCCUCGUCCAGUUCAACCACUUCUUCUUCGGGCAAGAUCGAAACACCACCAUUGUCGUCUGGCGCAGGCGGUGCCGCUUCCUCCGGGUCGAUUCUACCUUCCUCAUCGCCUGGCGCACGCUCCACUCCGACGAAAUCGGCCAACCGAGAGAGCCCGUCCCUCGUAGAAGGACGAAGCAGCGGAGGGGGUAACUCCAAGUACAACUUCUCCGCCGUAGAUCUGGCCGUUUCCAGUGUCGUUCCGCUCGCUGCUAGCUCACCGAUCGGUGGUAGUGGUGGUGGUGCAGCUGAUCUGUCCCGUAAAACACCGCAAACGCCGCCCGUCGAUAUGUCUCGCUCUUCACCGGCCAUUCCUGCCACUGCCAGCUCACCCGGUGCCGGUUCGUCAUCCUCCUCGUCCGGCAUAUUGCCACCGUACAAGAAGCGGAUGGAGUUCGCCUCAAUUGCCGAUCUGGUCGCUGCUCCUCCUGCCAAGAUACCGAAAAUGUCGACAGAAAAUCUGGAUCCCUAAAUUGGGCAGGAUAGUUUGGGAUUUGAUUUGGACCUGAAUUUUCCUCUCGAGUAGAAUUAGGAUUUAAGGGCUCGAUCGUACGAACACACACCACCUCAACAGCCAGAUCCCUUCUUCUUUUAGUAUUCUAGUGUAGUUCUGAAGCACAACGGCCGGCACCCCACAAUCGGUGGAAGUAUGAGCAGGCCGAUGUAUUGAGUUGAGGGACGAUAAGUGGAAAUAAGCUCGAAAAGGUGGGACGAAUACGGAUCGGGCUAUCGAGUAGAACGGUACGUAACGUAGAGUAACGGAUGAAUCUCAGUAGCAGUUGAAUAGCACAGAGCUGCCUGCCUACCCGGUUUGGCAACUAACACAUGACGAAAACAAACACCCAUUUACAAUUGAAAGUAGUAUCUUAAGGCAGGUAAAAGAAAGCAGAACAGAGGUGCAGCAGAGAUGUGAAUUAAGCGAUUAGAUGAAACCCAUAUAUCUCUCGCUCUCCAUUUGCAUAGGGAUCAAAAUCGAUCACAACAAUCGUCGAGUCCGAUGAUUACGGUGUAUUCGAUAUCCCUCGAGGAUGAAAGGAUGCUGAAGCUGCUAUAGGCAGCCUCUAAAAAGCAAGUAUUAGAGAAUAAAUACCUUAAUUGCAUUUUGCGUGUAAA